AUGGAGCCUCAUGGUAGGCUGAUUUUGUUUACCUUCCUUCAUGGAUUCCUUCUUUUAUGCAUGAACACACCUCUGGAAUCUGCAACUCUACCUAGUUGUGAUACCUUUGGAAAUGAAACUGAUCGUCUGGCGCUGCUGGACUUGAAGAAAAGAAUCACUCAAGAUCCUCUCCAUGUCAUGAGCUCAUGGAACGAUUCCGUUCAUUUCUGCAAUUGGGUUGGCGUUACAUGCAACCGUUGCACCAAAAGAGUUGUGAUUCUGAAGCUGACUGCUCAAAAACUGGCAGGCUCCUUACCAAAAUCUAUAGGAAAUCUUUCUCACCUUACCGGAAUCGACCUGAUGAACAACAGCUUUGCUGGUGAAAUUCCUCAAGAAAUAGGUCGUCUCGGGAGCCUGCGAUCUCUCAACCUGUCUCGGAAUUCCUUUGGCGGCGAAAUUCCAAGUAAUGUAUCCCACUGUGAACAACUAAGAGAGCUUCGUUUGGCUCACAAUGAGCUUAUUGGAUCCAUUCCGAACCAACUCAGUUCAUUGGUGAAUUUAUAUUAUGUAUCUGCUACUCGUAACAAUCUCAUAGGAGCGAUCCCAAAUUGGAUAGGAAACUUUUCUUAUUUGCAUAAUCUUUAUCUUGGCAGAAACAAUUUUCGAGGAAGCAUACCAAAUGAGCUCGGGCGUCUGACACGCUUGGCGGAAUUUGGAAUUCCAUUGAAUAAUCUGUUUGGUAUUGUCCCUUCUUCAAUCUAUAAUAUUUCUUCCAUUACAACUUUCGAUGUUACUGGGAACCAGCUGCAUGGAGAGCUACCACCAAAUGUUGGCAUUAGUCUUCCCAAUCUCGAAGUUUUUUACUGUGGUAUGAACAACUUCACAGGAGCUAUUCCUGCGUCGUGGUCAAAUUCUUCUAGACUUGGGUACCUUGAUUGUUCUGAAAAUGGUUUGACCGGGACACUCCCUGCUGAAAAUCUUGGAAGCUUCUUGGCUAAUUGUACUGGCCUAGAGAACUUGGGUCUGGACCAUAACCAUUUUGGAGGAGAAUUGCCAAGCAUCCCUGAAGGCAUUGGGAAUCUUACAAGCUUGGCCCUUCUUGGAAUGAAUAACAACUAUUUCAGUGGUAGUGUCCCUGAUGCCAUUGGGAAGCUUCAAAAGUUACAGGAAUUGAAUAUGGAUGUUAACAAAUUUUCUGGGCCAAUACCGUCCUCCCUAGGUAACUUGACUUCAUUGAUAACGGUAUUCAUGGACGAGAAUAGGUUUGAGGGAAGUAUACCUCCAAGUCUUGGGAACUGCCAAAGUCUACUCACACUUGACGUUUCUAAUAAUCGUCUAACAGGCACCAUACCUAGAGAGAUUUUUGGGAUUUCAUCCCUUUCAGUUUCUUUGAGAAUUUCUAACAAUUCUUUGACUGGUUCGUUACCAUGUGAAGUGGUGGUGAAUCUGUGGAGCUGGAUGUGUCAGGAAAUAAGUUAUCAGGUGAAUUGCCUAAAGAAGGGAUCUUUUCAAAUGCAAGUGGUCUCUCAAUUAUUGGAAACAAUAGGGUCUGGUGGUCUCCCAAAAAGUCCACUUCAUCAUCUCAUCGACUACUUGCCCCAAAGGUAA